CAAGAAGACUUGUAUGGAGAGUUAUUAGAAGACGAUGAUAGUCAUCCAAUAAAGCGAACUAGAAGAGAUAACGAUCUAAAUUAUGAUCAUGCGGAUAUUAGUUCAGGUGUACAGGAAGAAAAAGACGGAGAUGAUGAUUUGUUCGCGGAUUUCGGGGAAGGUGAAAAGGGAUAUGAAGUAAAAUUGGAACCAUCCGAAGAAGAUCAAUUAGCUGCUGCGCAUAAUAGUUCCCAUGAAGGUCACAACAAUAAUGUACAACGAGCAUCUUCAAAUAGCAGUGUUCAACAAAUGCAAGAACGCAGGACAGCUGCAAAUGCUACAAAUGCUUUAUAUAUUGGUGAAUUAAAUUGGUGGACCACUGACGAAGAUCUUCGUAAUGUUGCCCGCGAGGUUGGAGUCGGAAAUGAAGUGACUGAAGUCACUUUUUAUGAACAUAAAGUAAACGGAAAAUCUAGAGG